AUGCGGCCACCCGGUAGCGCCUUGGCGUGGGGACCUAAGACGCUCAGUGGGGUCCGCACAGUGGCCAAGCAGCUCAGCCAAGAGGCAAGGCGAAAGUGGUGGAGUGGAGCCUGUGGCAAGCUCUCUGACUGGUACCGGGGCUGGAGUUUCAGCAGGCCGACUGUGGAAUACCAAGUGAAGGCCCCUCCGGAGCUCACCAUGCCACGGCAUGCCCUUCACCGCUGGCUCGCACUCCGCUCCUCUCAUGGGGACUUCUCCUGGUACCACAGGCGUUUCCAGCAUGCAGAUGCGAGGCUCACCUGUGUCUGUGGACACAACAAGAGCCCAGAACAUUUG